UUUCAGUACACAGAUGCGGAUCUCAAUAUAAUACAUGUAGACGCUACUUAUGGUGGCGCCACACACGACAGUUUUAUCUUUAAUAAUAGUGAUAUAAAAAACCAUUUAGAAGAAUUGGUAGGUGCUGGUGAAACUGUAUAUUUACUUGGAGAUUCAGGAUAUGCUCAGCGGUCUUAUUUGAUGACUCCUAUUCCUAACGCUGUUGAGGGUACACCUGAAGAAUAUUACAAUAAAUUACACGCAACAGCACGUAACACAGUCGAACGAACUAUUGGUAGACUUAAGGGACGUUUUAGAUGUUUACUUGUGCACCGCGUUCUACAUUACCAUCCUGAUACAGCCGGAAAAAUAGUGAUAGCAUGUUGUGUCCUGCACAACAUUUGCAAUAGAGCUGGUUUAUCUGCACCGACUCUAGAUAGUCAUGAUGAGGAGGAAGAAGCAAAUUUUCGUGCAACUGCACGCGUCUCAGUGGGUCGUCAGUUGCCAUUGACCCACUCUCAGAGCGAGUUGGCAAUGGGUCAAUCAAGCAGAGAUAUGCUAGUUAAUCAGUUAUGGCGUUCUCGUAGGGAGUAAAUACAUAUAUUUACUAUAACAAACAUUUUGUCACAAAACAAUAAAAAUAAAAGACCUUGUUUUUCUCAACA